UCUACCACUGUCUUGCCAGAAAUGAAGAAGAAAGUAGUAGUUCCAGCCGAAGUUAUGAACCAGCACAAUAGCAACAACAAGACAGCAACGAGCAGCAUUGAGGAUGAGAAAACGGUUUUGGUAUUCGUCAGUGAGUACUGCGUCGUGGAACGAGAACGUUUUGUGAAGAAUUGUCAUGGAGAGGUUGAAAAGGAUCAAGUAGCCUUCUGUAAAUCCUACCCACCAGCCUGUACAUCUACAGCAGGCGUAAUUCCAGUUUUGGCAUAUUGUCAGAGGUAUUACAAACAAUAUCCGAAAUUCUGUGGUGGUUCAAAAAUCGCAAAUGAUGUGCUACAGUUCUGUUUUGCAUUUGAGCAGUUCUGCUUACCUGAACUUACACCGUCGAUCACAAAGCCGGUAAGUGAUUUUUACGUACUCAGCCGAAAAAACUACAUUUUUCAGGCCAGAACCAUAUUUCAUCAAUAUUAUACCAACACAAUGGAAUAUUAGAU